AUGAGAAUUGCAGCUGGAUCAAUGAAUAUGUGGCCGUCACUUCAGAGAGUGAUCUAUGGGCAUACAAAUCUGGUCACAUGUGUUGCAAUCUCGCACGACGGCAGUCGAAUCGUGUCUGGUUCGCAUGACAAGACGAUCCGAGUGUGGGACGCGGACGCCGUGCAGCAACCGGGCAAGUUGCUCCAGGGCCAUACGGAUAGUAUCGCAUCUAUCGCAAUCUCGCACGAUGGCAGGCGAAUCGUGUCCGGAUCAUGGGACAUGACCAUCCGAGUGUGGGAUGCAGACAUGGCGCAACAAGUGGGCAAGCCCCUCGAGGGCCAUACGGACUGGGUCACAUCUAUAGCAAUCUCGCAUGAUGGCAGGCGAAUUGUGUCCGGUUCGGAUGACAAGACCAUCCGAGUGUGGGAUGCGGAUAUGGCGCAGCAAGUGGGCAAGCCUCUUGAGGGCCAUACGGACAGGAUCAGAUCUGUCGUAAUCUCGCGCGAUGGCCGGCGCAUUGUGUCCGGAUCAUGGGACAAGACCGUCCGAGUGUGGGAUGCGGACAUGGCGCAGCAAGUGGGCAAGCCUCUCGAGGGUCAUGCGGACUGGGUCACAUCUGUAGCAAUCUCGCACGAUGGCAGGCGAAUCAUAUCUGGUUCAGAUGACAAGACCAUUCGAGUAUGGGACGCGGACAUGGCGCAGCAAGUGGGCAAGCCUCUCGAGGGCCAUACGGACAGGGUUACAUCGGUCGCAAUCUCGCGCGAUGGUCGGCAAAUCGUGUCCGGUUCGAGUGACAAGACGAUCCGAGUGUGGGAUAUGAACAUGGCGCAGCAACUGGGCACCCCUCUCGAGGGCCAUACUGGCUGGGUUGCAUCCGUCGCAAUCUCGCACGAUGGCCAGCAACUCGUGUCCGGUUCGAGUGACAAUACCAUCCGAGUAUGGGAUGCGAACAUGGCGCAGCAAUUAGGCAAGCCUCUCGAGGGCCAUACAGGCUGGGUGGCAUCUGUCGCAAUCUCGCGCGAUGGCCGGAAAAUCGUGUCUGGUUCGGAUGACAAGACAGUCCGAGUGUGGGACGCGGCUACGGCGCAGCAAGUGGGUAGGUCUCUGGAGGGUCAUAUUUACAGGGUCACAUCUGUCACGAUCUCGCACGAUGGCAGGCGAAUUGUGUCCGGUUCGAGUGACAAGACCAUCCGAGUGUGGGACGCGGACAUGGCGCAGCAAGUGGGUAAGCCUCUUGAGGGCCAUACGGGCUGGGUCACAUCUGUCGCAAUCUCGCGCGAUGGCCGGCGAAUUGUGUCCGCUUCAGUCGACAAGACCAUCCGAGUGUGGAGUGCAACUCAUAGUACGCUUCUGCUUUGUAGCGGCCCUCGAGGAUUCACUGCUGAGUCUUAA